UCCCGUUCUGAGUCGAGGGCCACGAACGGCGGAGAUGUAGUCAGUCGCAGGGCCCUCCUCAGCGAAACGCGACCGAGCGAGAGCUUAAAUACCGAUCCGCCUGGUUCUGGAGAAGCCCUCAGCGGACGGCGAAGUGGGGAAGCGGAAGCGGGAGAUUGAUCUCUCUCCCCACUCUCUCCGCGAUUAAUCGGGCAUUUUCCCCUUUUCUUAGGGUGCUCGGUAGAGAGGCCGUAAUCGAGCAACGAGAAUGGGCGCCGGCGGACGAAUGACGGCGAAAGAGCGGGACGACCAGGCCGCGGCAGCUCACCGCCAGGACGAGAACCACUCCCUCCUGCGCUCCCCGACCGAGAAGCCUCCAUUCACAUUGGGCCAAAUCAAGAAGGCCAUCCCCCCGCACUGCUUCGAGCGCUCCGUUCUCCGCUCCUCCUCCUACGUCGUCCACGACCUCGCCAUCUCCGCCGCCCUCCUCUACGUGGCCCUCGCCGUCAUCCCGGCCCUGUCCCAGCCGCUGCUCCGCCUCGCCGCCUGGCCCUUCUACUGGGCCGCCCAGGGCUGCGUCCUCACCGGCAUCUGGGUCAUCGCCCACGAGUGCGGCCACCACGCCUUCUCCGACUCCUCCCUCCUCGAUGACGUCGUCGGCCUCGUCCUCCACUCUGCUCUCCUCGUCCCUUACUUCUCCUGGAAGAUCAGCCACCGCCGCCAUCACUCCAACACCGGCUCCCUCGACCGCGACGAGGUCUUCGUCCCCAAGACCAAGUCCGCCCUCCCCUGGUACAGCAAGUACCUCAACAACCCCCCCGGCCGCCUCCUCACCAUGGUGGUGACCCUAACCCUCGGCUGGCCCCUGUACCUCGCCUUCAACGUCUCCGGCCGCCCCUACCCCCGGCUCGCCUGCCACUACGACCCCUACAGCCCGAUCUACUCGGACCGGGAGCGCGCCCAGAUCUUCAUCUCCGACACGGGCGUCCUCGCGGCGUCCUUCGCGCUGUACCGGCUCGUGGGGGCUUUCGGGUUCUGGUGGGUGGUGCGGGUCUACGGUGUUCCGUUGCUGAUCGUGAACGGGUGGCUGGUGACGAUCACGUACCUGCAGCACACCCACGCGGCGCUGCCGCACUACGACUCGAGCGAGUGGGACUGGCUCCGGGGGGCGCUGGCCACAGUGGACCGGGACUACGGGUUGCUGAACCGGGUUUUCCAUCACAUCACGGACACCCACGUGGCCCACCAUCUCUUCUCCACCAUGCCCCACUACCACGCCAUGGAGGCCACCAAGGCUAUCCGUCCGAUCCUGGGAGAGUAUUAUCGGUUCGACGGGACGCCGGUGUUCAAGGCGCUGUGGAGGGAGGGCAAGGAGUGCAUCUACGUCGAGCCGGACGAGGGGGGAGCGAGGAAGGGCGUGUUCUGGUACCGGAACGAGUUCUGAACUUGAGGGAUUACUAGAGCGAGGAGAAGGUUUAGACCGCGCAUCAAUUAGAGACAGAAGAUGUUAGGACCUGACCGACCCCUCCCGGACGAUGGCCGCCGGAUUCCCCCACUGAGGGGAGGGAUUUGGUGGUGGUGGGUCCACUGGUGUCUGCCCUUUUUAAUGUGUUUGUGUGCUCUUUUCGGUUCUUUUUUUGGUUCCUGUGUUGGCUUCUCUUGGUCGAUCUGUGGUUCCUCUGUUUCAGUUGCUCUUGAAAUAACAGUGAAAGAUGGUCAUAAGAAAGAAACCUUUGGAGAAAAAAAAUAAGAAAAAAAAAAUCUGUUUCUCUUUCCCCUA